AUGUUUGAAAUAUCAACACUUGGACAGCCUUUUGAAGUAAUCAAAACUCAUCUUGCUGCUAAUCGGAAGGAUAAUAUUAUAACGGCAUUGAAAAAAACAUAUCAAAGAGGUGGUAUUCUAGGUUUUUAUCAAGGAUUAAUACCGUGGGCAUGGAUCGAAUCUAGUACUAAGGGUGCAGCUCUUAUCUUUACCGCAAGUGAGAUUGAAUAUCACACAAGGGUCAUUGGUGCCUCACCUUUUAUGGCUGGUAUUCUUGGUGGAAUGGCUGGAGGUUUAGCACAAGCCUAUACUACCAUGGGUUUUUGUACUUUUAUGAAAACUGUUGAAGUUACGCGUCACAAAGCUCCUGCCGAUGAACAGGUUUCGAGUCUUAAGAUCGCUGCUGACAUAUGGAAAAAGGAAGGGAUCCGAGGAAUCAAUAAAGGCGUCAACGCUGUCGCCUUGCGACAAUGUACUAAUUGGGCCAGUAGAUUUGGUUUGACACGACUCGGUGAGACGACCAUUAGAAGAAUUCGAGACGGUGAAAUACCUGACUAUAGUCGACCGUUAUCUCCGAUUCAAAAAAUUUUAGCUAGUGCUAUUGGUGGUGGUUUGUCUUGCUGGAAUCAGCCAAUUGAAGUUAUUCGUGUUGAAAUGCAAUCUCAAGUGAAAACACCCGGCCGCCCUGAGAAAAUGACAAUCGCCUCAGCCGCAAAAUUUAUAUAUAAAAAUAAUGGAUUUAAAGGGUUUUUUCGUGGCGUAACGCCUAGAAUUUGUCUUGGUAUCUGGCAAACUAUUUGCAUGGUGUUUGGCGGUGAUACUGUCAAGGAAAAGAUCGCAGCAAUGCAAAAGGCAAAAAUCUAG